AGAUUCCUGCAGCAGUAGUGCGCAUUGGACUAGCACUGUGGGGCCUUAUAGUUAUAAGGCAAUACUCACACGAUGAUCAUGAAAAUGUUGACCAGACAAAUCUUGGGAAAUCCCAGUUAAUCUUUUAUUUGAUGGUGCUUGGCCAGGGAAUACUCUAUAUUGUUGGUGGCCUCCUUGAGAUUUUCUCGUUCAUCCUACGGCGAUCCCUCACCCGUCAUGCUGGAUUUAGAGGUCCCCAAGGAUUGGAAUAUGUCAAUUUAUACUAUGCAUAUGUCUUCGACAAAUGCAUGAAAGGGGCUGUGCUUGCUCCAGAGAAGACUAGCCUCAUCACAUUUGCUGUGGAUUCUUUAAAUUCAGGCUCACCCAAGAAGCAACUCUAUGGGCUUAAGAUGCUGCUCACCUUUCUCGAAAAGGAUCCCUUAAAGACCAAAGCCAUAUCGGAACUCACCACUUCCAUAAAGACAAUGACCUGCUUGAUCAGCAUGUUGGGUUGGACGUGUGAAGGGGAUAAAGAUAUUAGAUUAUGUGCUGCAAAGGUCACAGCCAAGCUCGCAGAUAACCUCUACAUUGUCCCUAUCCCUGGGGCAAUGCAGCUCAUAGCCUCACUUCUGGACACUACUCACCGGCAGAAAUUAAAGGAUCCUCUUCUGGACAUUGGCAGCCCUAAGGCAAAACAGGAUAGUCCGAUUCAACAAGUUAGAAGGAAUGGACAUACCUCCCCGAUGCUUAAAUGGUUGAAAGAGUUGUCAAUAUACUGUUUGAUUCCAAGGAAGGAGCCAACUAACAUGGAUGAACAAAAUUCCCAUGUACUCCGAUGCUGGAAGCGGAUUACAAAACGUUGGUCUGUUCCAGAGGAGGAGCCAUCGACAGAUCAAGAUCACCUACCUUUGUUGGGCAUGUUAAUUCUUGGCAAGCUUGCCAGCUUUGAUCUUGAGAACUGUAUAGAAAUCAGCAGAGCAACUGGCCUCAUCUCAAAGAUCAUAGAGUUCACAAGCAGCAGAACUGAAAUGACUAAUAUUAAUGAGACACAGCAGGCACUGCUGAAAGGUUCAUCACUGGAGCUGCUGACAAGAUUUUCAAGUACUAAAGGGGAAUUUGGUGUAAUUAUGCGUCAGAGGAUUUCAGAACAUCCCUUCCUUUUGAGCCAUCUUGCAGAUAUCUUGGAUGACAGUGGGAGUAGCCAAGAACUUAGGGAGCUCACGUCAGAACUCCUUAGAAACCUGGCCAUGGAGGGAAAUACAAAGGAGGAGAUUGGACAAAUCCGAGUGAUCAUUAGCAGGUUGAUGCAUGCAUUUCUCAGCCAAGAUGCACUCUCAAGUACGGAUUCAGGUCAGCGGCUACGAAUGAAAUCAGGACAAGCACUGGCAGUAUUGGCAAUGGAGAGUGCGAAUAACUGUUCCGUUAUGUUAGAAGAACCAGGGUACGUAUUCAUCAAGGAACUCACACUUAUGAUCCAUAGUGACAGGUACAGGUACGUAGCAUCAAUCUUGUUGCGGAAUAUGUGUGUGCAUGUUCGACCAGAGCUUUUCAACUCUGACCUGAAGGAAAUCUCCUACAUCGUGAGAGAGGUACUGGAAGGAAUAAUGGAUGCAGAAGGGAAAGAACUGGAGGUCCUUGUUGAUCUUAGUUCACAAAUAUAUAAUGCCACUCCAGACGAUUUUGCGCGAGAACUAGAGCAUGGUCAGAUUAAGGAGACAUUUAUAAAGAGGCUUGUCAAUGCACUUAACUCAAAUAUGGUACCCACUGCUCACUGUCCCGGCAUCAGGAGGGUGAUAGUUGAACAUGCCAUAUACAUGAUGGAAUCCAAUACGGUCUAUGCUAGCUGUUUCAAGAACUGUGGGAUGAUGGAAGCACUACUAGUGGUAGAGCGUACACCUUCAAGGGCUGAAAACUACAGGUUCUUCUCAGGUGAUGCAGGACUCAUGGAGCACAGCAUACCUCUAUCCACACUUGUGGCUAGAGCAAAAGAACUGAUGGACCGCGAGUAGCUACAAGGCAUCAGCAGUGAAGUGUCACCUGAGUAUGUGUUUAGAAGAUAUUGUACUCCUACUAAUAGUAUAUACUGGGACUUGUAGGCUCAAUUUUUGCUCACGACAGUAGCAAGUUACACCAAGGAGAUCCCAGGAAACUAGAAUUGAUAUUAAGCAUUUAAUUUGUGUAUAACAAGUCACAAUGUGUAUCAUGAUGAUGGCAACUUAAAUAAUGGAUGUAAGACCAUGGAUAUAUGAAAAAUGAUGAAUCUGCUUUGCAGUUCAAUAUGAAA